AUGCUUGUGAUAUCGGCAUGCCUUUUGGCUCUAUCUCUAUUAUACCUCUUCUAUAAACUUAUUGAUAAAAGAAUAAGUCAAUCAUGUUACAUCUUGCAUUAUGAGUGCUUCAAGCCUACGGAGGACCGGAAAGUCUCCACUGAAUUUUCAGGGAAAAUGAUCAGGAAAUGCAAGAAUUUGGGAAUCGAAGACUACCAAUUUUUGUUACGAGCAAUUGUUAGCUCGGGUAUAGGUGAAGAAACUUAUGGCCCAAGAAACUUCUUCUUAGGCCAUGGAACUAACUCAAGUCUCAACGACAGCCUACAUGAAAUGGAUGAGUUCUUUUCAGAAACUCUAGAUAAGCUGUUCAGUCGAUCUAGAGUUUCACCACAAGACAUUGACAUAUUGGUUGUCAAUGUCUCUGUGAUGGCUUCAGUGCCAUCACUAACGUCUCGUAUCAUCAACCAUUACAAGAUGAGAAACGAUAUCAAAUCUUUUAAUCUGUCAGGAAUGGGAUGUAGUGCGAGUUUGAUCUCUAUAAACAUCGUCCAAAACAUGUUCAAGACUCAUCGAAACAAAUUGGCUCUUGUCUUAACUUCAGAGUCGAUCGCACCAAGCUGGUACAACGGCAACGAGAGGUCCAUGAUCCUCACCAACUGUUUGUUCCGUUGUGGAGGUGCAGCAGUGCUGUUAACAAACAAAAGAGGUCUACAAAAGCAAUCCAUGUUCAAGCUAAAGUGUCUGGUUCGAACCCAUUUGGGAUCAAGCGAUGAAGCUUACACAUGUUGCAGGCAACAAGAAGAUGACAAAGGCCAUGUAGGGUUUUUCCUAGGGAAAACAUUACCAAGAACAGCAACACGAGCUCUAACCGAAAACUUAAAAAAUAUAGCACCAAAGAUAUUGCCAUUAACGGCUCUAUUUUGUUUCAUUUUGAUAGCAAAUAUCCAGAAAUUUGGUGCUAAGUUUUUGCAUAUUAGGGUUAAACGAAAGGUCAUUUUGAACUUCAAGUUGGGUGUGGACCAUUUCUGCUUGCACCCAGGUGGGAAGGCGGUGAUUGAUGGGGUUAAGCAGAGCUUAGGGUUAACUGAAGGUGAUAUGGAGCCAUCGAGGAUGACUCUACACAGAUUUGGGAACACAUCUGCAAGUAGUUUGUGGUAUGUUUUAGGGUACAUGGAGGCAAAGAAGAGGUUGAAGAAGGGAGAUCGGGUUUUGAUGAUCGGGUUCGGAUCCGGGUUCAAGUGUAAUAGUUGUAUGUGGGAGGUAUUGAGGGAUUUGGAUGAUAAGAACGUUUGGGAGGAUUGUGUUGAUAACUUUCCACCAAAAUCGUUAACUAAUCCUUAUUUAGAGAAAUACGGAUGGAUUAAUGACGACCCAUGGAUACCACCACCUGAAAUUGUUCAAGCUUUCGCAUCAAUCGAAUCAGGAGAUUGA